UCGGUUGGUGCCACCUGGAAGAGACUUUCUUAGAGGCAAACCCUGAUGGAGUCGUCAAGCUGCGGGUGUGGUGCUAACACUGCCCUUGGAAUCUGAACCCUUCGUGUGGCCUUUUGAAAUGUGCGUUUGAGAGAGAGCGUUCUGUUCAGAAGCUGGAAAUGCUCGGAGGAUUUCUGGUUUCUCUCACCACGCUGCCAGCCUUCGUGCCUCGCCCCCUGACCUGGCUGUUGUGAUGUUCGGAGGGAUGCGGUAACCCAAGCGGGUCCUCCUCUGGCAGAAGGUUGAACCCUCAACUCAAGAUGGCCAGUCAACCCCCCGAAGACCCCGCGGAGUCUCAGGUCUCGGACGAGCUGGAGUGCAAGAUCUGCUACAACCGCUACAACCUGAAGCAGAGGAAACCCAAAGUGCUGGAGUGCUGUCACAGGGUGUGUGCCAAAUGCCUCUACAAGAUCAUAGACUUCGGGGACUCCCCACAGGGUGUCAUCGUCUGUCCCUUCUGCAGGUUCGAGACCUGCCUGCCGGACGAGGAGGUGAGCAGCCUGCCCGAUGAUAACAACAUCCUGGUCAACUUGACUUGCGGCGGCAAAGGGAAGAAGUGCCUGCCCGAGAACCCCACGGAGCUGCUGCUGACCCCCAAGAGGCUGGCCUCGCUCGUCAGCCCCUCACACACGUCCUCCAACUGCCUGGUCAUAACCAUCAUGGAGGUGCAGAGGGAGAGCUCCCCGUCGCUGAGCUCCACCCCGGUGGUGGAGUUCUACCGGCCCGCGAGCUUCGACUCAGUCACCACCGUGUCGCACAACUGGACGGUGUGGAACUGUACCUCGCUGCUCUUCCAGACCUCCAUCCGGGUGUUGGUGUGGUUGCUGGGCUUGUUGUACUUCAGCUCCCUCCCCUUGGGGAUCUACCUGCUGGUGUCUAAGAAGGUCACCCUGGGGGUUGUCUUCGUCAGCCUCGUCCCGUCGAGCCUUGUUAUUCUCAUGGUGUACGGUUUUUGCCAGUGCGUUUGUCACGAGUUUCUAGACUGUAUGGCACCGUCUUCCUAAUCGAUAUGCAAAAUAGGAAACCUGGCACGCAUUGCCACGCUCGAAGUCCUGCAGGUCACUUAGGGUUUAUUUCCUUUUAUGUUCUUUCUGCCGAGCGUCCGCGACAUGAACAAAGCCAUUGGCCGUAUGUUCGUGGCCUGUUUUCCAUCAGCAUUGGUUGGUUUUCCUGUCCGCUGGAAGUAUGUCCUUUUCUCCUUAGAGCUCAGUGAGGAAGCAAGACUGUCAGCUCUGCUUUUGUGGGGUGCUGGCAGAGUCUUCCCAGGAAAGGGCGGGGUUCCGCUGGCACUGCAGAGGCACUGGGUGUGGUGUGCCGUGGGGAGGUGGAGGUCUUGGGGAAAGUGGGGGGCACUGGAUCCCUUGUUCCUGAUCAUGGGGAGUCUCCGAUGCAGGUGGUCUCAGAGGAAGGCCACUUGAAGACACCUUGGUUGGCAGUGUGCACCCUCUCCCCUGGAACUCUCAGUGUUGGGACCCCUCACCCACCCUCAGAUGUUUUCUUCCUUAAAUUAACCUGACUCUCUGUGGCCUCUGCUCCUGUGGAGAUGCCUGUUCCCUCUGUCCUUUUCCCUCACCACGAGGGGACACAGCCUCAUUCCCUUGGGUGGUUUCAAUGCUGUACCUGGCUUGCCACGUUACUAAAGAGAAUGAAAACACUGAGGAAAUUGCAUCAGAGUAAACUUGAUGGCCAAAUACGGCCAUUUGUCUUCGAGAUCCACUUUUUCCUCCAUUUUCUUUUCCUCUCUCCUCAGGCUUCUCUGAGAAGAACUGAGGAGAAUGAGUUUGAAGAGAAUGAACUCUUCAUAGAACAGUUAUUCAUGGAGCCCUUCCUUUGAGUCUUUCCUUGAACCAUUACAUUUUUUUAAGUUUUUGCAAU